AUGAGGGAUUCACCGCUUGAGGCCGCCAAUGUCCACAUUAUGAACACCUCGGGAGUCUCCAUGGGAACAUCACCUGCUAAAACAAUGUCUCAGAAGUCGGUUAUUAGAGCAAUUCGAGGAAAUGCAAAGUCUUUUGAUUUAUCUGGUAAAGCGAUCACCAGCGUGCCAACAUCGGUUUCGGAAAUUCAAAAUCUGUGUGUCCUACGUCUACAGAAUAACUUGAUUAGAGCCCUGCCCGAAGAUCUGACGUCCCUAUAUAAUGUGAGUUAUAACGUUAAUACUUCAAAUAGACACUGGAAAACGGUUAUAUUUCUGAACUUAAAUACAAUGUAUCCCUCAUUACAUAUUGUCUUCAAGCUGACUGAACUCCAUUUGAGUAACAAUGCCUUCGGAGAGAUCCCGUCGGUUUUGGGCCACAUUAAGUGGUUGAAGAAGCUGUAUCUGUCCGGUAACCGAAUCACGGCCCUGUCGCCACUAGUCUGUGCUGGUUUGGGAAAUCUUGUUGUCCUCAAUCUGAACCACAACAAGAUUCAACAUCUUCCGCCUGAGAUUAAAAGUUUGGCUAAACUUGAGCGUCUCACCAUGACUGACAACAAACUGGAAGCUCUUCCUCCAGAGUUUGGACAGCUCUCUAACCUGAUCCAACUGAACCUGAGCAGAAACCACUUGUCCUGGCUCCCUGGGGAGCUGUACAGCUGCAGAGAGCUCACUAGGUUGUAUGUGGCCAGAAACCGAAUAAAGGUUCUUCCAGUGGGUAUCAGGGCAUUAGCAAAGCUGAAUACUCUAGACGUUGCUGGAAAUAAACUGUCCAUGUUCCCUGUUGAGUUUCAUAUGCUGCCACUGCAAGAACUUUAUUGUGAAGGGAACCAAUUUGUCCAGCAACUACCAAUAACUUCUGUGCAGGUUAAAACCGUUUUUUCAUUAAAGGAGCUGGCCGCUAGAUUGGUGCUGUUGGAGGACAGAAACAAGCAUUCUAAGGUCCAUAGGGCCCUUCCUCUCUACCCCUGCCUGGAGGCUAUAUUAGCUGGCUGGGGCCACUGCCCUCUCUGCCUGGGCCCCAUCCUCAACUUCUGGUUAGAGUGUGUGCACUUUCUCCGUGUAAAAAAGGGCAUGAAAAUGAGUUUGCGGACCGUACCGGUGAGAGCUGUACUAUGUUCAUACGAGUGCUUCAACAGGGAAGGCCACUCCUACUAUGGCGUCUCUUUGCAUAGUGAUGAGAACUUAUGCCAACCUAUGCAAAGAUGGUCACUAGAGGGCAGUAGAUAACCACCACAGCGCGUCAGAAAACAACAUAGAAUGUAUAUGAGCAAUAAUACAGCAUGUACAACACAAAUUGAUCACCUAAUAUCAGUUUUUAGUUUUGUAUACUUGCCUUUUUA